UGAAUUCCAUAGCAGAAUUGUGCCGAAAACAUUUCUUGCAAAGUGUUUUUCAUGAGAUAACCUAAAGCGAUGCGUGCGGUACCAACCUGGGUUGAUAAAGUACACGACAGAGAUAAAGUCGAUCAAUGUAUCUGGGAUCUUUGUUUCAAACCUGAUGGUAGUCAGCUUAUUGUUGCUGCGGGAAACAGAGUAUUGGUCUAUGACACAAAUGAUGGUACACUAAUUCAGCCGCUGAAAGGUCACAAAGACACUGUAUAUUGUGUUUGUUAUGCCAAGGAUGGCAAGAGAUUUGCCUCAGGUGCAGCAGACAAAAGUGUCAUCAUUUGGACAAGUAAAUUAGAAGGGAUUUUAAAGUAUACACACAAUGAUGCUAUACAGUGUUUAGCUUACAACCCAGUUACCCACCAACUGGCAAGCUGUGCAGUCAGUGACUUUGCCAUUGUAGAAUAUGAGGCAAGAAGGAGUAAUGCUCCAGGAUUAUGGUCACCUGAACAGAAGAAUGUGUCAAAACACAAAGUCAACAGCAGAAUCACCUGUUGUAGCUGGACAAACGAUGGGCAGUACCUAGCUCUGGGACUGUAUAAUGGAUUGGUCAGCAUUAGAAAUAAGGGUGGAGAAGAGAAGGUCAAAAUAGAGAGACCUAAUGCUGCCACUUCCCCAGUAUGGUCUUUACAGUGGAACCCAAGCAGAGAUGAAUCCUACGAUGUCCUAGCAGUGGCAGACUGGGGUCAAAGGUUAUGUUUCUAUCAGCUGUCUGGAAAACAGAUUGGAAAAGACAGAAAUCUUGGCUAUGAUCCUAAUUAUGUUCGCUGGUUUUCACGGGGGGAGUAUGUCGUCGUUGGAGGGUCCAACAAACAGUGCUGUCUCCACACCAAGGAAGGAGUCAAACUUGGGGUCAUUGGAGACCAGUCUACAUGGACAUGGUCAGCAGCAGUCAAACCAGACUCAAACUAUGUGGCUGUGGGUUGCCAGGAUGGGACCAUCGCAUAUUACCAGCUGAUUUUCAGUACUGUCCAUGGUUUGUACAAAGAUAGAUACGCCUACAGAGAUAACAUGACUGACGUCAUUAUCCAGCACCUUAUCACUGACCAGAAAGUGAAAUGCCUGAGACAGGAAAUGUUGAUUAAGGAUGGUUAUCAAGUCCUGCACAAUUGUAAAUUUGUGCAGGAAAUGUAUUAUGAUAAAGACUCGGUUCUGUCAAAAGCCAAAGAGAAAGUCGUGGCUGAGCUGAGUGUAUGUCAGUCCCCCAUAUAUAGAGGCCACAGUAGUCAGUCAGUGAGGAUCAAAUGCAGAGACUUGGUUAAGAAGAUAGCUAUUUAUAGGCACAGACUGGCUGUGCAGCUACCAGAUAAGAUAGUUAUAUACGAGCUGUACUCGGACGAUGCCGCUGACAUGCACUACAAAGUCAAGGAGAAGAUUAACAAGAAGUUUGAGUGUAAUCUUCUCGUGGUUUGUUCCCAGAACAUCAUUCUUUGUCAGGACAAGCGACUCCAGUGCUACUCCUUCCAAGGAAUCAAAGAGAGAGAAUGGCUGAUGGAGUCCCUGAUUCGAUACAUCAAGGUCAUUGGGGGCCCCUCUGGUCGCGAGGGACUCUUGGUGGGCCUGAAGAAUGGGCAGAUUAUGAAGAUAUUUGUGGACAAUGCUUUUCCCAUCAUGUUACUGAAACAGAGCACCUCAGUCAGGUGUCUGGAUGUCAGUGCCUCACGGACAAAGCUGGCUGUGGUGGACGAACACAACACGUGUCUGGUGUACGACAUCAACACCAAGGAUCUUUUGUUCCAGGAACCCAAUGCUAACAGUGUAGCAUGGAAUACACACUAUGAGGACAUGCUCUGUUUUUCUGGGAAUGGGUUACUCAACAUAAAGGCCAGCAAUUUUCCAGUUCAUGUACAGAAGUUACAAGGUUUUGUAGUGGGCUUUAGUGGAUCUAAGAUUUUCUGUCUCCACAUCUACUCCAUGUCCUCGGUGGAUGUUCCACAAUCAGCCUCCAUGUAUCAGUACCUAGAAAAGAAACUCUUUAAGGAUGCUUACAAAGUAGCCUGUUUGGGGGUGACAGAUGGGGACUGGGAAGUGCUGGCCCAUGAGGCUCUUGAGGGGUUGGACUUUGACACGGCCAAGAAAGCCUUCAUAAGAAUCAAGGAUCUUCGUUAUCUGGAACUCAUUCACUCCAUAGAGGAAAGGAAAAAGAGAGGUGAAAAUGAUAACAUGAUCUUCCUUGGUGAUGUAUACAGUUACCAAGGAAAAUUCAACGAGGCUGCCAAACUAUACAAAAAGGCUGGUGGGGAACAGAAGGCUAUGAAUAUGUAUACAGACCUCAGAAUGUUUGACCAGGCCAAGGAAUACAUUGGCUCAGGAGACCCUCUGGAUAAGAAGAUGUUGAUUACCAAACAGGCAGACUGGGCCAAGAGCAGUAACGAACCAAAGGCUGCUGCUGAAAUGUACAUCUCAGCUGGUGAAUACUGCAAGGCUAUCGACAUCGUAGGGGAACAUGGAUGGGCCGACAUGAUGAUUGACUUGGCCCGUAAGUUAGACAAAGCUGAUCGGGAGGCAUUGAGUAGAGCAGCCAUGCACUUGACCAAGAUGGAGCAGUAUCCCUUUGCUGCUGAAGUGUACAGUAAAAUGGGAGAUAUUAAAGCCCUCAUCAACCUUCAUGUAGAGGCCAAGCACUGGGAAGAUGCUUUUACUUUGGCAGACAAACACCCUGAGUACAAGGAGGAGGUUUAUGUACCGUACGCUCAGUGGCUUGCCGAGAACGACAAGUUUGAUGACGCACAAGAGGCAUUCCAUAAGGCUGGUCUGCAGGGGGAGGCAGUCAAAGUCCUGGAACAGCUUACACAUAAUGCUGUUAUUGAGAGCCGGUUCAAUGAUGCCGGUUACUAUUUCUGGAAACUCUCCAUGCAGUGUCUGGAUAUAGCAAGAGAGGAUUCAGAGAAACGAGAAGAAAUGUUUGCCAAGUUCCAAGACUUCCAGAGGAAGGCGGACAUGUAUUACGCCUACCAUUCCAUACAGAGAUAUACAGAUGAGCCUUUUACAUCACAUUUACCAGAAGCCUUGUUUAACAUUUCUCGAUACCUGCUUCAUAUGAUCCAGAGUGGUAUACCACACGGAAUCUCUAAAGUAGGGACCUUAUAUGCAUUAGCUAAGCAGAGUAAGAACCUUGGAGCCUAUAAGUUAGCUCGUUAUGCUUACGAGAAGUUACAGACACUACGGAUACCCAGUAGAUUUCAGGAGGCCGUGGAUCUAGGCAGUGUGAUGAUCCGCUCAAAGGCAUUCCAAGACUCCGAGGAACUUCUCCCUAUGUGUUACCGCUGUUCCACAACGAACCCUCUUCUGAACAAUGGAGGAAAUUGCUGUGUUAAUUGUAGACAACCAUUUGUCCACUCUUUUGUCUCAUUUGAGGUGCUCCCCCUGGUGGAGUUUGUGUUAGACAGCAGUCUGACUGAUGAGGAAGCAGUACAAAUCCUGGAUCUCUCCAUACCCAGACAAAAGAAGGAGGAUCGCGGCUGGAAGGAGGGGCGCAUCGGACAUGCCCAGACUCUGAGUUUAGGUCAGGCUCAGGAUGAUGAACCAGAAGAGGAGGACCCAUUCUCAGCUAAACUUAUGACAUUUGAUCAAGAAGAAACAGAAUUCCGUCCUGUGGUUGUUACAAAAUCUGUUCUACAAACUUUAUCUAGAUCAGAGGUUUACAUUCUUAAGUGGCCAAAACCAUUGAGAUAUCAAUUCUUUAGAUCCUUACUGCCAGAUGUCACCAUCACACAAUGUCCUAAAUGUAACAAGUUGUUCCAUACAGAUGACUUUGAGCUCCAAUAUCUACAAAAAGGCCACUGUCCAUUCUGUAGGAGUACCUUGGAUGACUGAAAAAUUGUUCUACAAAGAGGAUAAUAAUCCAUUUUAUGAGAAAAAAAAAACUAGUGAUCACAAAUCAUGAUCUAAACCAAGAAAGAAAACUCUGUAUCAAAGUCCUAGUAAUGCAUCAAGUGUAGUAUAUGCAUCUUUUUGAAUCUCCCAUUCAGUUAAUGGCAAGCCAUUCAAAUUUCCUCUUAUACAAGUCUUGGCAAAUCCUGUGAUGCUGUUUCGUUAAAGUCUUUGUUUUAAGUAAUUCCAUGAAUUCUUUAAUUGAUAUUUAUACUUAAGUGUGAUGAAAGGAUUUUGUAAUUUAUAUAUUUUUGGAACGUUCACAUUUGAAAAGAAUAACAUUCUCAGUAACUUAUUU